AUGAUAUCGCGAAACGUCCAGAGAGUCCUCAUUUUACUAUCAUGUACAUUUCUUGGGUUAGUGUGUGGAACUUUGUACCUUUAUUCAUCCUAUAGCCCACAACUAGCAAAACAAUUACAAUACACAGCAUCCGACUCCUCCAAGAUAGCUCUCUGGGGCACAGUUGGGACAGCAAUUGCAGGUCCAGUCUCUGGUGCUGUAGUGGACCGCAGAGGCUAUACAUUGUCACUGCUUCUAGGUGCAUUGCUAAUCAUUUUGGGCUAUGGUGGCAUGAAAUAUCAAUUCGAUCACCAACACAAGCUGAUUCAACUAUCUUGCUUUUGGUUAUUCUCAAUAGGAUUGGGCUCAACUUUUAUCAAUUCUGCCUGUCUCAAAUGUUGUGCGGUGAGCUUUCCGAGUAUUAGAGGAGUUGCAACAUCAUUGCCAUUAGCUCUAUAUGGUUUAAGCGCACUUUUUUACUCGGUAGUCGCUUCGGUUUUCUACACAGGGAGGACUUCAGAGUUUUUGGGGUUUGUGGGAAUGUCUAUUAUAAUAAUUUAUAUUGUCUGCUUUCCAAGUGUUUACGUAGCGGACAGAGAGCACAAACUUCGAAAUGCUUCUACAUUUAAAAAUCAUCAGUCCAUGGAAGAUCCAGAAAAGGCUUUUGACACUUAUUCAAAGGUUGGAUUAUUCAAAAGCUACAAGUUUUGGAUGCUUUUUGCGAUUCUAGGCUCAUUGGCAUCACUAGGUCAGAUGUAUAUUUAUUCAGUGGGAUAUAUCGUCAAGUCUUUAGUGAGCUUUUCAGCGAUUGAACAACAUUUAGAGACCUUAGCCACCAGUGACCAAAUUGAUUUAUUAAUUCAGCAACAGCAACAACUACAAGUAGGAAUGAUAUCGAUUGCAAAUUGUAUUGGAAGAAUCUUAUCGGGUAUUCUUGGUGACAUUAUCACCCAGUCGUUUUCGAUGCCGAGGUCAUGGUUACUAAUAAUACCUUCGGUAGGUACAACAUUUUGUCAAUUUCUCACCUCAAGUACACAGCAAUACUCCAACCUUCCACUCAACUCUUUUUUAGUUGGCCUUUUCUAUGGUUUUACGUUUUGUCUCAUCCCCAUCAUUGUGGGAGAUAUAUUUGGAAUGGAGAAUUUCUCCUUCAACUGGGGUGUUGCAUGCCUUGCACCUAUUGGACCCAGUUAUUAUUUCACCAAUAUGUUUGGCAAAGAAUAUGAUAUGAAUUCCAACGAGAUGAACCUGUUAGAUAUGAGUAAGGAGGGGGGAUUUCUAGCAGCAAGCAUGGGAUGCAAUUUAGGAAACAAAUGCUACAGUGACAUUCUAGGUAUUACAGCAUGUGUUGGGUGCAUUGCAAUAAUUCUUGUGCUCAUAUUCAACUUCAGUGACUUGAUAUUUAAAAGAAAGCCAAAAACGUUAUCUUUACUGGAUAUUCGUAACAACAAAUUGUAUAUAGAAAAGCCUAACUAA